AUGGGCAUCCACUUCGUGCUGCUCAUCAGCCGGCAGGGCAAGGUGCGGCUAACAAAGUGGUAUUCUGCGAUGCCCUCAAAGGAGCGGGCGCGCGCGGUGCGCGAGGUGUCGGCAGUCGUGCUCUCGCGCCAGCAAAAGCAGUGCAACUUCCUCGAGUACAAGGACAAGAAGAUUAUUUACAAGCGAUACGCGUCGCUGUACUUCUUGGCCUGCGUCGACGAGGAGGACAAUGAGCUGAUCGUCCUGGAGACGAUACAUCAUUUUGUGGAG